AUGUGCACUGCCAUGGGGACCCUCAUGGUUGACACUUAUGCCACUACUUAUUUUCAAAAGCAACACUUCAAAGGGACACCAAUUGUGAAGGAGGUCACUGAUGUCGAGAUGGAACAUGGCCAUGAAGGAAAUGUACAUCUUCACACACAAGCAACUCAUGGUCAUGCACAUGGUGUUGGAGCUUGGAAUUAUAAAGUUCACUCUGUCAUCAUUGGAAUUUCUCUGGGAGUUUCAGAGAGUCCCAAAACAAUGAGACCACUGGUAGCUGCGUUGACUUUUCAUCAGUUCUUUGAGGGCAUGGGACUUGGAAGUUGUAUAUCUCAGGCAAAUUUCAAGAAGCUAUCUGUGACAAUAAUGGGAUUGUUCUUUGCUUUAACAAAUCCUGUGGGGAUUGGAAUAGGGAUCACUAAUAUUUACGAUGAAAGCAGCCCAACUGCCUUAAUUGUGGAAGGAAUCUUCAAUGCAGCAUCUUCAGGGAUCUUAAUCUAUAUAUGGCUCUUGUUGAUCUUCUUGCAGCUGAUUUUAUGA